GUAAAACCCCUCUUCAUGUUCCUCAUUCGAGCCACCACCCCGCUCCACUUCCUGCGGUGCCAGCUCCACCCGCUCCCCUCGCCUAAAACCCUAGCCACCCCGCCGCCCCCGCUCCUCCGCCCCCGCCUCUACUACUCGUCCUCCUCCUCCUCCCGCCACCGCCCGACUGCCCCCUCCUCUGCCGCCGUCAGGCCGCCCGCGAGCCUGAAGAGGGCGGAGGCGGUGCCGCCGCUGGCCGCGGGAGGAGCGGCCAUGUCGUCCUCGGGAGGCGCCGGGGGGAAGCGCUCCGUGGCGGAUGUGCUCAUGGGGAACGCGCGGGACGCCGCCAGGAAGGCCAAGAAGGGGGCCCCGUCCCCGAAGAAGCCCAGGACGAAGACGGCCGACGGCGCGACGGCCGAGCCGGCGGUGGACGAGAAACCGCCUUCGCCGGUCAAGUCCCCCGUCAAGUCGAAGCGCCCGUCGUCGCCGCCCAAGUCCAAGUCCAAGGCCGACGACGCUCCUGAGGCGAAGAAGAGGUCCCCGUCGCCCACGAGGUCCAAAACGCUUGCCGCGGCCCCGAAAUUGGAGGCCGCGGAGAAGCCCCUAUCGCCCAAGGGGACCAAAACCCUAGCGGCCAAAUCUGACGCCAAGCCCUCUGACCAAGCCCUUGUCUCCCAAUCUAAAGACCAAGCGUCUCAAUCCGAGGAUAAGAAGGUCAAAAUCUCAAAUGCCACCAAGUCAGACGAGGUGAAUACCACUCUCGAGCUCAAGAAGAAAGGCAGUGAGUUUGAUCCAAUGGCUGCUGCCUACUGGAAGCCCCGCGACCCUGUGCCAUUCCUGUUCCUGGCUCGGGCACUCGACCUCAUCUCCAACGAGUCUGGCCGGAUUGUCAUUACAGAGAUCCUCUCAAACGUGUUCCGUACAAUUAUCGCCACAACACCGGAGGAUCUCCUUGCGACAGUAUACCUCUCGGCUAACCGGAUUGCGCCACCUCAUGAAGGGACUGAGCUUGGAAUUGGGGACACAUCAAUCAUCCGAGCACUUUCCGAGGCAUAUGGCCGCAAAGAGGAGCAUGUCAAAAAGAACCUCAAGGAAUUGGGUGAUUUGGGGCUUGUGGCGAAAGCAAGCAGGUCGUCACAGAAGAUGAUGUACAAGCCAAAACCACUGACAAUAUCACGUGUGCUUGAUACCUUUCGGACAAUCGCAAAGGAAUCUGGCAAAGACAGUCAAGAUAAGAAAAGAAGUCAUAUCAAAGGACUUCUUGUUGCUGCAACGGACUGUGAGCCUCAGUACAUUAUACGACUUCUUCAGUCGAAGAUGCGUAUUGGGUUGGCAGAGAAAACUGUCCAAAUGGCUCUGGGGCAAGCUGCUGUAUAUUCUGAAAAAGGGUCCCCGCCAAAAAAAGUCCAAUCACCUUUUGAAGAGGCUGCAAAAAUAAUUAAAGAAGCAUAUUCAGUUCUUCCAAUCUAUGAUAAAAUUGUCCCGACUCUUCUUGAAGCUGGUGUUUGGAAACUUCCAGAAACAUGCAAUUUCUCCAUAGGUGUCCCUGUUGGUCCUAUGUUGGCAAAAGCAACGAAAUCUGUCUCAGAGAUUAUCGACAAGUUUCAAGGUCGUGAGUACACUUGUGAGUACAAGUAUGAUGGUGAACGGGCCCAGAUUCAUUGCAUGGAGGAUGGAACAGUAGAAAUUUAUAGUCGGAACGCUGAAAGGAAUACUGGGAAGUACCCUGAUGUUGUUGAUGCGAUUUCUAGAAUCCGGAAGCCUACAGUUAAGUCAUUUGUCUUAGAUUGCGAAAUUGUUGCUUAUGACCGUGAAAAGAAGAGAAUUUUACCCUUUCAGAUACUCAGCACAAGGGCCCGCAAGGGUGUUACUAUAAAUGACAUCAAAGUAUCAGUCUGUACUUUUGGCUUUGAUAUUCUUUACAUCAAUGGGAAACCUCUUCUCCAAGAACAACUUAAAGUUCGCCGAGAGCAUCUUUACAACUCUUUCGAGGAAGUGCCAGGUGUUUUUCAACUGGCAACUGCAAUCACAUCAAAUGACCUCGAGGAGAUACAAAAAUUUCUUGACUUAUCUGUCAACUCCAGUUGUGAAGGGUUGAUUAUCAAGACAUUGGAUACGGAUGCUACAUAUGAGCCAGCGAAGCGGUCAAACAAUUGGUUGAAAUUGAAGAAAGAUUACAUGGACAGUGUUGGAGACUCUUUAGACUUGGUGCCAAUUGCUGCUUUUCAUGGAAGAGGAAAACGAACGGGUGUAUAUGGAUCGUUCCUCCUGGCAUGCUAUGAUGAGCAUAAUGAAGAAUACCAAACAAUCUGCAAUAUAGGUACUGGAUUUUCUGAGCAACAACUUGAAGAACGUUCUACGAGCCUUCGAAGUAAAGUAAUAAAGAACCCAAAGGCAUAUUAUAGGUUCGCUGACACAACUGACCCAGAUGUGUGGUUUGAGCCGUCGGAGGUGUGGGAGGUUAAAGCUGCUGAUUUGAGCAUAAGUCCAGUUCAUCGUGCUGCUAAUGGUAUAGUUGAUCCAAAUAAGGGUAUCUCUCUAAGAUUUCCUCGUUUGUUGCGGGUGCGUGAUGAUAAAAACCCAGAACAUGCAACCACAUCUGAGCAAGUUGCUGACAUGUAUCGUGCUCAAAAAAUAAACCACUCGUACAACCAAGAAGAGGAGGAUGAUGACUGAGACUGACCCCACUUUUAUGUGCAUUGUUGCACGACUUAUUGAGCAGGGCAUAGUCAAGAAUGUAUGUCCAGUGAUUUGCUUCGUCAUUGUUCAAGCCGACUUCGACAACUUGUGAUCUGUUCGUUUCAUGUAACACUGUGCAACCUGUUUUUUGUUUGUUUUCUGGUUUUUGUGACGAAACUGUAACACUUGCUAUUCAGGUGGUGUGCAUGGUAGGAAAAUUGAAUAGUUGUGAAGUGCAGUAA